CAGGAUGUUUAUAGCAAGUUCAUCAGACUCGGAAAUAGGACUGAAGAAAAACAUUUGAAUGUCUCCUCUGAUUAAUCAAGCCCAGUCCGGAUAUAUCUCUUUUUCAGCAGCAAUCUGCCAGAUCUGAAGGAGGUGAAACGCUGUCAUGAAUAAAGAACUGCUGACGUUGAUAUUCCUGUUUCAGAGUUAUGGUCAAAUUUUCUGCCAAAAUGGAACUAGACCCAACAUUGUGAUGGUGAUGAGUGAUGCAUUUGAUGGGAGAUUGACCUUUGAUCCUGGCAGUAAAGUUGUGCAGCUGCCAUAUGUAAACUACCUCAGGGAGCUUGGUACCACAUUCCUCAAUGCUUACACCAACUCACCCAUCUGUUGCCCCUCUAGAGCAGCAAUGUGGAGUGGUCAGUUUGUUCACCUCACUCAGUCAUGGAACAACUACAAGUGCCUGGAUGCUAAUGCAACAACAUGGAUGGAUUUGCUGGAGGCCAAUGGAUAUCUUACCAAGUCGAUGGGCAAACUGGACUACACCUCAGGGAGUCAUUCUGUUAGCAAUCGAGUUGAGGCCUGGACACGAGAUGUUCAGUUCCUCCUGAGCCAAGAGGGCCGGCCUGUUACGCAACUUGUUGGAAACAUGUCCACAGUUAGGAUCAUGAAAAAAGACUGGGAAAAUACAGACAAGGCUGCACAGUGGAUCCGCCAAAGAGCUGCAUCUUCACAGCAGCCCUUCGCUCUUUAUCUUGGCCUUAAUUUACCUCACCCCUAUAAAACUGAAUCCCUGGGGCCCACCGCAGGAGGAUCAACCUUUCUUACAUCACCAUACUGGCUGAAAAAGGUUUCUUCUGAGCUCAUCACUAUUCCUAAGUGGCUGCCUAUUUCUGCCAUGCACCCUGUCGACUACUACUCUACCUUCACCAAAAACUGCAGUGGUGUUUUCACUGAGGAGGAAGUCAAAAGCAUAAGGGGCUUCUAUUAUGCCAUGUGUGCUGAAGCAGAUGCCAUGCUGGGCCAGGUGAUUGCAGCUUUGAGAGAGACUGACCUGCUUAACAACACUGUUGUCAUCUUUACGGCCGACCAUGGAGAGCUAGCCAUGGAGCACCGGCAGUUCUACAAGAUGUCGAUGUUCGAAGGCAGUUCUCUUGUCCCCCUGCAGAUCAUGGGGCCUGGACUGAUGUCUGGCCUGCAGGUCAACCAGCUUGUGUCCUUGGUUGAUCUCUAUCCCACUGUGCUGGACAUUGCUGGAAUUUCAGCAGUAGGUACUUUCAGUGGCCACUCGCUCCUCCCUCUGCUAUACAAAGGCAGCACUUUCUCCAAGAAGCAGCAUCCAGACUGGAUCCUGAGUGAAUAUCAUGGCUGCAAUGUUAAUGCCUCUACGUACAUGCUGAGAAGUGGCCGGUGGAAAUAUAUUGCUUAUGCAGAUGGCCUGAGUGUCCCACCACAGCUUUUUGACGUAACACGAGACAAGGAAGAACUGCAUAAUGUAAUUCUCAAAUUCCCAGAUGUGCGGGCGCAUCUGGACAAGCUAUUACGUAGCAUUGUAGACUAUCCAAACGUCUCGACAGCUGUCCAUCUCUACAAUAAAAAAGAAUUUGGUGCCUGGCGCAAUAGUUUAGGGAGAAACUACAGCCAGGUUAUUGCUAACCUCAGGUGGCAUGUGGAUUGGCAAAAAGAUGCAUUAGCCAAUGAGAGAGCUGUUGAUGAGUGGCUCUAUGGCUCUUUGUGAUAUUUUAUAAUAAUGGUUAACUUUAAGGUGUGUGUUUUUUACUGAGCUGGACUCAAACUUGGAUUAUUUCUGGACUUUUAGUCUCACAUCUUUUACAAUGAGAGAACCCUUGAUGGGUGACUCUAGGACUCUUAAAUAGUAUUGAUCAUGGAUAUUACUAUUCCGUAUAUUAAAUUCCUUCAAUCAAUUUCUGAAUUCCUUCAUUUUUUUGAAUAAAGUAAUAUUUUGUUCACUUUU